GGAAGCUGUGCCCAAUGCUUGCUUUCAGGCAAUUAAAAAUCAAAAAGGUUCAGGAGAUGCUGUUAAAGAUCAGUCCUUGCAAGAGGGAAAAGCGGAAAAGUUGGAGGAGGUGAGAAAAGAAUUCCGUUCGUAUGUAUCAGAGGGUUUUGUUUCACUGAAUGAUGAGUCACCCCAGGUGCCAGUGAAAAUUCUUAGAGAUACUGGGGCUAGUCAAUCUCUCUUGCUGGACAGUGUUUUAAAUUUUGGUGAAGAAAGUGACACUGGUGAAGUAAAUCUAGUACGAGGCGUUACAGGUGAGACCAUGUCUGUCCCUUUUCACAGGGUGAUUUUAAAGUCAAAGUUCGUAGAAGGACCAGUCGAGAUAGGGAUAAGACCUAGUUUGCCAGUGGAAGGAGUUUCUUUGUUAUUGGGAAAUGACCUUGCAGAUGGAGAAAUUGUUCCUGUGGUACGGUUAACGACCAAACCAAGGAUUGACGAGUCUGAGAAUGAUCCAGAUGUUUACCCAUCAUGUGCGGUGACUCGAGCUAGAGCUAGAGAAUUAGCCAAGACAGACAGUCCGGUGCAGUCUGAUGUGGUUCCUUGGGACAGUCCUAAACAGGAAGAAAACUAUGAUGCCUUAUCUGAGACUUUUCUGUCUUCACUGGAGGAUCAACAUCCUUGUAGGGAGCCUGAAUUUAAAGAUUUGUCUUUGUCGAGGAAGGAUUUUAUGGUGGAACAGACAAAGGACCCUGAGUUGACAGAAUUGAAAGAAAAAGCUCUCUCAUGUGAGGAGAUUGAGAAAGUGCCAAUUGGAUAUUAUGUCAAAAAUGGAGUGUUAAUGAGGAAAUGGAGACCUCCUCAUGUUCCUGUUACUGAGGAAUGGGAAGUUAUUCAUCAGGUUGUUGUUCCAAAGGUUUAUAGGGAUGAGAUUUUAAACCUGGCCCACAGUAUGCCUUUGGGUGGUCAUUUUGGUGUGAAUAAAACUGUAGGGAAGAUCUUGAAACAAUUCUAUUGGCCUGGUUUGAGAAAAGAUGUGGUGAUGUUUUGUCGAACCUGCCACACAUGUCAGAUGGUAGGUAAACCAAAUCAAAAACCCCCUGUGGCUCCUUUGAAGCCAAUUCCUGCUUUUGGGGAGCCCUUUUCGAAGGUGAUUGUGGACUGUGUUGGUCCAUUACCAAAUCUAAGACUGGAAAUCAGUAUUUGUUAACCAUCAUGUGUGCCACUUCUAGAUUUCCAGAGGCAAUACCCCUUAGAAAUAUUAAGGCCAAGACGGUGUCAAAGGCUCUUGUAAAAUUUUUUACCUUGUUUGGUUUGCCAAAAGAAAUCCAAUCUGAUCAAGGUAAUAAUUUUAUGUCAAAAAUUUUUCAACAAAUAGUCUAUGAGCUGGGAGCAAAGCAGAUUGUAUCAUCUGCAUAUCACCCAGA